AUGGCCGAUCGACCUCCUCCGUACGCGCUAGUGGCGCGAGUUCGCAACGCUAAUUUACGACCAACCGUGCUCGCUUUAUCUACGAUUGUUGGGAUCUGGUCUCUUGUCUGGGCUAUUGGGUUUUUCAAAGAGAUCUCGGACGACAAGAAUGAGGGAUUCACCAAACUCGCUGCAUUUGCUCUCAUCUUGGGAAUCAUAUACAUCGCAGUUGCUGUCAUUAACUUCUUUGGUGUCGCUGCCACGGCCAUGCAACGCCUCGCUUUCAUCCGCAUUUACUCCUUUGGCGCUCUUCUUUCCAGCCUCCUCGUUAUCGGAGCUGGUUUCAUACGCGUAAUUACGCACUUCCUGUUGAAGAGCGAUCUACUUGAUGAAUGCGUGAAAGAAGUCACCGGUCAAAGGGUUGACUUUCGCUGGGGAGUAUGGGGCCCGCACGUCACAGAAACUCUCACCAAGGACGAAGCCUCGUCAUGGUGCGACGAUGCGUUCAGCCACGAUUCUUGGUCGGAGAUUGUUCUCUUAAUUGCUGAAAUCCUCUUCAUGGGAUUGAUCUCCUGGAUCGUGUGGAACUACGCACACGCCACAUCUGUUCCCGCACAGUCACACCCCGUGCAGACGCAGAAUCCCUACUAUACGCCUCCAUAUGCUAGCGCCGCCGCCGCAUACGAUCCAUAUGGCGCGGGAGCGACGAGAGAUUACGCCCCUCCUGCUGGCCCACCACCAGGCUUUGCGCCACCCAAAGACAGUUCUGACGAACUUCCCGGAUAUGGCGUGGGUGCUCAGGACAGCAAGUUCGACGUCGUGGACGGAAAGCGCGGCGGAAGUCUAUCGAAAGACUCGUUGGACGACCCGUUCGCGGACUAUGACGAGCGUAGGCGUUGA